CUGGCCGUCUCCUAGCAACGGCAGACGCGCAGCCAGGGCGGCAGAGGCGGCUCAGAGCUCAGAGCUCAGCUCCUGCCUGGGGCUACCUCUGCCAUGACCACCAAACAAGCCAGGAAGAAAGAGGUGCAUCGUAUCAACUCCGCGCACGGAUCGGAUAAAUCUAAAGAUCAGUACCCUUUUGGCAGUAAUGUACAACCGUCUGAACAAAAGAAGGGGAAAUUUCCGAUCUGGCCAGAAUGGAGCGAAGCUGACAUCAAUGCCGAGAAGUGGGAUGCGGGGAAAGGAGCAAAAGAAAAGGACAAGAUGGGGAAGAGCCCUGUACUUCAUUUUUUUGAAGACCCUGAAGGAAAAAUUGAGUUACCAUCAUCACUGAAAAUUUAUUCCUGGAAACGCCCACAGGAUUUUAUAAUCAAUCGGGCUCCAGUGGUUGUGAAAAAUGAAAUCCUGUUUGACUUGUUUUCAGCCAAUGAGCAUUUACUCUGCAGUGAGCUAAUGAGAUGGAUUAUCAGUGAAAUCUAUGCCGUGUGGAAGAUAUUCAAUGGGAGUGCUUUGACCAAUUAUUUUAAAGGAACAACAGGGGAACCGCCUCUUCUGGUCUGGAAGCCCUGGGAACACAUAUACUCUCUAUGCAAGGCUGUGAAGGGUCACGUGCCCUUGUUUAAUAGCUAUGGAAAGUAUGUAGUGAAGCUUUACUGGAUGGGUUGCUGGAGAAAGAUAACUAUUGAUGACUUUCUGCCUUUUGAUGAAGUAAAUAAUCUACUGCUUCCAGCUACAACCUAUGAAUUUGAACUUUGGCCAAUGCUUUUGUGUAAAGCUAUCAUUAAGCUGGCAAAUGUUGACAUCCAUGUGGCAGAGAGGAGAGAACUGGGAGAGUUCACAGUGAUUCAUGCACUCACGGGCUGGUUACCAGAAGUCAUUUCUCUCCACCCAGGAUAUACGGACAAAGUUUGGGAGCUCUUGAAAGAAAUAUUGCCCGAGUUUAAGCUGUCAGAUGAGUCCAGCUCUGAAAGCAAAAUAACUGACAUAGAGGCCAAAUUAAAAGAACAAGGAAAAGAAGUGAAGGAUGGGAAAGAAGUGAAGGAUGGAAAAGAAGUGAAGGAUGGGAAAGAAGUGAAAGAUGGCAAGGAAUUCAAACCUGAAAACUCAAUAACGACACUAAAACUGCCUGAGAAAAGUGAAAGGGCUUUAAAGGACAAAGCCGAUGCAAAAGACCUUGGAAAGAAGAGGAGUAAAGAUGGAGAGAAGGAAAGAGAAAGGGAAAAAUUCAAAUGGUCAAUACAUGGUUCAAGACCCUCAUCAGAUGUACAAUAUUCUCUACAGUCUCUGUCAGAUUGUUCUUCAGCAAUACAGUCCCCUCAGAUGGUAGUAUAUGCAACCUUUACACCUCUGUAUUUGUUUGAAAAGAAGAUAUUUUUAUUAGAGAAGAUGGCUGAUUCUGCUGAGAAGCUUAGAGAAUAUGGGCUUUCCCAUAUCUGUAGCCAUCCUGUGCUGGUCACAAGAACUAGAUCCUGCCCCCUUAUAGCACCACCAAAACCACCUCCUGUACCUCCCUGGAAACUCUUUCGUCAAAAAAAAGAAGCUGUUAUAACAGAUGAAGCUCAAGAAAUAGUAAUAAAGAAGCCUGACCAAUUUCUUGAGAUUUCAAGUCCAUUUUUGAAUUACAGAAUGACUCCAUUUACAAUUCCAACAGAAACUCAUUUUGUACGAUCUUUUAUUAAGAAAGGGCUGGUUCCAGGAUCUGGUUUAUCUUCCCUUACUGAAAAUGAUGAAACUGCAGCCUUUAGCCAGAUAGACUUAAACCAACUGGCAAAAAAUAUGUCUCAGGGAACUGUUACUUUACAACCUGUACUCGGAAAAGAUGAACUAGCAGACUAUGGAAUCAAUGACACAGUCCAUCCAGCUGAGGGAAUCAGUUUGGAAAAAGAUUUGGUCAGCCAGACAACAGCAACACAGGAAAAAUCGCAGGAGGAACUUACAACAAUAAAUAACAGUGUUUCUAAAGAAAUAUGGUUGGAUUUUGAAGACUUCUGUGUAUGUUUUCAGACUAUAUAUAUUUUCCACAAACCAAGUUCAUAUUGCCUUAACUUUCAAAAAUCAGAAUUCAAGUUUUCAGAUGAACGUGUGUCCUAUCACCUAUUCGUGGACAGUUUAAAGCCCAUUGAACUGCUGAUCUGCUUUUCUGCAUUGGUACGCUGGGGAGAAUCUGGAGCUUUAACAAAGAACAGCCCUCCCAUAGAGCCUGGACUACUUACAGUUGAGACGGUUUCCUGGAAAUCUCUGAGGCCACGCCAUCUCGUUGUGACAAUUCACACCUAUGCUACCAAGGCUACAGUAGUUCGCCUGCCUGUUGGGAGACACAUGCUGCUCUUCACUGCAUACUCCCCCAUGGGCCACUCCAUACAUAUCUGCAGCAUGGUGACCUUCGUCAUUGGGGAUGAAGAUGUUGUGCUACCCAACUUUGAGCCGGAGAGCUACCGAUUUACAGAGCAGGCUUUAACAAUUUUGAAAGCUGUUGGACAUGUGAUUGCUAAUUUCAAAGAUAAGGCUAAACUUUCUGCAGCCCUGAAGGAUCUACAAACAGCUCACUACCCUAUCCCCCUCCAGGAUAAAGAACUAACUGCACAGCACUUCAGGGUUUUUCAUAUUUCUUUAUGGCGUUUAAUGAAAAAAGCUCAAAUAACAAAACCUCCACCCAACACCAAAUUUGCAUUCCGUGCCAUGGUUUUGGACUUGGAUUUACUCGAUUCUUCUUUGGAAGAGGCUUCUUUAGCGGAAUGGGUAGAUGUUAAGAACAGUGUGCCAACAAGCGAUAAAGAGUAUUCUCCAGAGGAAAUAGCAGCAGCAAUUAAAAUUCAAGCCAUGUGGAGAGGAACAUAUGUCAGAUUGCUUAUGAAAGCAAGAACACCAGAUACGAAGGAAAAUGCCAGUGUUGCAGAUACUCUUCAGAGAGUUUGGGCUGUGUUGGAACAGAAUAUAGAACAGUAUGCAAUUUCUCUCUUAAGACUUAUGUUUAAAAGCAAGUGCAAAUCUAUGGAAUCUUAUCCAUGCUAUCAAGAUGAAGAAACUAAGAUUGCUUUUGCUGACUAUACUGUGACUUACACAGACCAGCCACCAAAUACUUGGUUUAUAGUUUUCAGAGAAACAUUUUUGGUUCCUCAAGAUAUGAUUUUGGUUCCCAAAGUAUAUACUACACUUCCAGUCUGUAUGCUCCACAUUGUUAACAACGACACAAUGGAACAAGUGCCAAAAGUGUUCCAAAAAGUGGUGCCUUAUCUUUAUACCAAGAAUAAGAAAGGCUAUACAUUCGUGGCUGAAGCAUAUACUGGUGACAUGUAUGUGUCAUCCUCACGAUGGAAACUGCGCCUCAUUGGUUCUUAUCAUCCACUCCCGUGCCUGUCUCGAGACCCUCCAUGUAAUACCUUUGCCAUAAAGGAAAUCAGAGAUUAUUACAUACCCAAUGAUAAGAAAAUUAUAUUCAGGUAUUCGGUUAAAGUUGCAUUGCCACAUCCUAUUACAAUACACGUUCGCACAUCCAAACCAGAUGUAUUCAUCAAACUACAGAUCUUAGAAAAUGAAGAAGUUAUCGUGAGCUCCACCGGGAAGGGUCAAGCUAUCAUACCAGCAAUUAACUUCUUGGGGAAUGAGAAAGACUUGAGCUCCCAGUCCAGCAAGCAAAUUCUUUCAACUCAUACUGCUUUAAAGAAAGAGCAAGAUUUAUACAUCAAGAAAAAAUCUGCAGGAGGUCAGAAAUCCUAUAAAAGGCCUGGAAGUGCAAUAGUAGACACUGGUCAGCCUAUUAUGGAUGAAGAAACCAGUUAUAUACCCACUAUGGAUGAAAAUGCUAGCACACCACAGCAGGUAUACAAGUAUAUUAUACAGUGUUCGGUGUUAUAUAACAGUUGGCCUCUCACUGAAAGUCAACAGAUGUUUGUUCAAGCACUAAAAGACUUAGAGAAAAAUGAUAACAAAGCACAUGGAGAGAAACAUGAGGAAUUAAUUACUUUAGGGAGUCCAGAUUCCCACACUAUUAGUGAGGGACAAAAAUCUUCAGGAACUUCUAAAGCAACAAGAAAAGGUAAAGAAAAGUCUUCUGAGAAAGAAAAGACAGCCAAAGAAAAACAAGCACCUCGCUUUGAGCCUCAGAUGUACGCUGUCCACCCUCAACAAGAAGACCCAAAUAAACCCUACUGGAUUCUGAGGCUGGUCACUGAGCACAAUGAAGCAGACUUUUUUGAAGUGAAAAAAGAUACAGAACGGGCAGAUGAAAUCCGAGCCAUGAAGCAAGCCUGGGAGAUGACGGAGCCAGGAAGAUCAAUCAAGGCUGCCCAGGCUCGUCUCCAUUAUCUCAGCCAGUUCAUUAGGAAAACGCCUGAUGCUGAGUGCAUGCCUAUGUCUGAAAGCCAAAUCAAAGCCGGGGAAGAAGGGAGCAUACUGUGGAAGAAGUGGCAAGUAGGCAAGGGCAUGAAGGAUCUACCAAAGUCAACAAACAGUGAAAGUGGAGGAUCUUCCCCAGCAGGGAAGGAAGAGCGCGAUCAGAGCUUACGGAGGGAAAAUAUCAGGCCUCGUUCACGAUCGCCAACAAUUUUGGAAAUGUCUCCACAGCUUAUUCGAAAGAAAUUAGAAUGUGUAGACAUAAAUCAAUAUAUACGAAAAACAAAUAUUGAGCCUCAGCUGCAAACAGAUGAGCUAAAUCAGCAACAGGCAAUGCAAAAGGCAGAGGAGGUCCACCAGUUUCGACAGUAUCGGAACAGACUCCUUAGCCUGCGUGAUAUCGAGCAAGAAGAAAGGUUUAAAAUGAAAGAUGAAUUGCUGGAAAUGUAUGGAGAAAUGCGGGACUCCUUAGACGAGGCCCGGCAGAAGAUCUUUAACAUCCGGGAAGAAUAUAGGAACAAAUUACUGGAAGCUGAGCGCCUAAAGCUAGAGGCUCAGGCCGCGGAGGAAGCUGCAAGCCGAGUGGAGCCAGAAAAGAAGGUCCCAGCUCCCGACACACACAAAAAAAAGAAAGAGAAGAAAAAGUGACCAGGGCGUGCCCAACACCACCUUUCUUCCGGAGAAGAAAAACCUAUUUUUCAUUAUCUCUAAGUUUGCCUGUUGAUAAAAAUAAGAGGUCAGGUCAAUUGAAUAAUAGACAUUUUCCCACCUUAGAAGUUAGUUUCCAUGUUUUGAUGUUAACUUUAUUGGUUUUUCCCAGAAAGCUAUUAUUUGAGUUUUAAAUUUUCUAAUUUCAAUAAAAAAUAGUCUCAAAAUAUUUGGAAUGUAAUAAAGUGUAUGUG